AUGUCAUCAUACUACUUCACCAUAAUAGGGACUAGGGAUAAUCCGAUUUAUGAAUUGGAGUUGUCGUCUUUCAAAGCCGGUGGCUCGCUGUCAAUCGGCGGACAGAAUGCUUAUGUUCCAGGUAAAUCACAAUUUCCAACCAGUGUGAAGGAACUACUACCGUUUAUAUCCAAUUCAUCGCUUGAUCUUAUAGAGGAUGUCCAGUGGUCUUCCAAUGUGUUCAAUUUAGGUCGCAUUGACUCGUUUUAUGGACUACUUGUGAACGCUUUUAUAACUCAGGGGAAUAUCAAGUUUAUUUUAUGUCACGAUUCCAAUACCAAUAGUAAUCAUGGUUCAGGGGGUAUUGGUUCAGGAGGCAGCUCUACCAGCAAGUACGAUGAUAACUCUAUAAAGCAAUUUUUCAUGGAGGUGAAUGAACUUUAUGUAAAGUGUUUGUUGAAUCCGUUUUAUGCAGUUAAUGAUCCGAUUUCGUCUCCCGAUUUUGACUUACGUAUUAAGUUAAUAGCAAGAAAGUACUUAUAA